AUGGCUGCAGUGCAUAUCCCAGAUGAUAUUGCCUUCUCUAUUCUGUGUAAACUGCCUCUGAAAUCUAUCAAGCGAUUCAGUUGCGUACACAAGUCAUGGUCACUUUUAUUUGAAAACCCUUAUUUCAUGAGGAUGUUUCGCCAAGGUUUCAUAUCUGAUUGGCCUUCUUAUCACUAUGAUUCAUGUCUCCUCCUUAAGCAGACAUGGCACGUUGAUUUGGACUGCGUGUUCUAUGAUGAGAACAUGGUCAAAUUAGAUUGUCCUCUGUCUUAUGUUAACGGCGAAUGCUAUUUUUUGGGUUCCGCUGUUAAUGGCAUUCUUUGUCUCUGUCAAUAUGGUCGAAUUGUACUGUGGAACCAAAGACUCGUGAAUUCAAGGUCCUUCCUCCAAACCUAA